AUGUAUUUUUACCGAGUCGAUAGAUCACCAAUUUCAAAUGAUUUGCAAACUCAUCCGAGCGGACCGAACUUCGGUCCCACCGGCGGAUCAGACUCCGGUCACCGAAGUCUCCAAGAAUUUCCAGAAAGCUCUCGCGCAGCAGAUGCCAAAAACACACAAGUUAUCUUGGACCGUCGCCUCCAUCCCCAAACACCUUUCAGGCCAAAAGAGAAGAACAACUUCACCCGAUUCAUGUUAGAGGAGCAGGUACGCCACGAAGAAGAAACACGAGAAACAGAGUUCUAUGCGUUAGCGUCCAAUCUCCACUCGCGGCUCUUCGGUCGACGUGGUUCGGUCCCGCCGGGUCAGGCCCAGAUGGAUCCACAGGACGCUGCUGCAUCACUCGGCCUGGUCUUGCAUUGGCUCAGCUCGACGAUGGACGAAUUUCAACUCCAAGAUAUCUUUGCCAUCUCGCCCCGCGCAUAUGCCCAAUCUUGGACCAGAGGCAGGAAGGCUCUCUUGGCCGUCCUCAAACAGCUCCCAGGCGCCAAAAUUUACUGGCCGACUAAGGAAAAAAGCUUACGCGAAUACUGCAUGUCGAUCGAGCGGAAAUAUCCACUCCUCAAGAAAGCCUUCGGAUUUUCAGUUGGCUUCAAUCUACCUGUAUUCGUACUGGGGGAAGAUGACAUGGAGACCUCAUUUUAUAAUCAACGAGCCGAUAAAUACUACUACCGUAACAUCUUGACGUUUGCGCCUGAUGGAACUAUCCUCGGUGGAUGCUACAUGUUACCCGGAGACUGGGACGAUGACAGUAUAGCAGUCGAUUGCUUCCAUAAGAACUUGCUGGAGCGGACUCCGGCUGGAUAUCGACUGAUCAGCGAUGACGGAUUCCCAAACAGCUCGGAGGAACUACAAAGCCGGAUCCUAGCCCCGGUCCAACGACGCAUCCAACUACCCGACCCACCGCGCGUAUCAUGUCGCAUCAGACCGUUCAACAGACAAGUCCGAUCGGCUCAGCAUGUUGCAAAAUGGAGUAAACACGUCAUCCUCGACUUCUUCGAGAGGCUCAGAGAACCGUUGUGCAUCAAUGAACGUGAACUGCAGGCUGAGAUUUGGCAAACUGCGGCUCGUUUGCACCAAUUCCGCUGGCGCCUGGCUCAGACUCGUCGGACCCAGGCUAUCUAUCAAUCGGUUUGGGAUGGAAACUGGCUUCCAGAGGUUGAUCUUGACGAGAGUGCGAUUUGUGAAAUUGAACCACCCUGCCACGCUGAGCCAUCACUGAAUAAAUCUCCGAGUUAA